AUGCUUCGUCGCCUGACGCUCCCGGCGGCUAUUUCUGCCGCGCACUCAUGGUCGGUGGGCCUGCGGCGUCAGACGAACGGCCCCAUAGUACUGGGCAAUCAGGCAGUUGGGAUCCGCGACUGUGAGGCCUCCAAAAGGACAAUAUGCGACUUCCUUGGUAGUUUUGAUCCAAGUGCGCGGAGCAGGGCCGCCGCGGGAGAAGUCUUGUCUGUUCUUGACCGCUGUGGUGCGCAUAUCGCCUUUUCUUACGCCACGGGCUCCAACACUUGGGACGAGCCCACGAUGCUGAAGAAAAUGGGUAUGACACUGGCAACGGUCUCGUUUAACGCCUUCAUGUUCCGGCGGCCUGUGUAUCGAGGCGAUCUUCUUAUUGUGAACGGAACUGUGAUUUACACUGGGGACACCUCCAUCGGCGUGCACCUGGACGUGGGGCGGCAGAACUACGACAGUCCAGCACCGACCAAUGUCGGGGAAUGCGUGAUGACGAUGGUCUGCGUGUCGCUGAACGACAUCGGCACGGCGAUGAAGGGCCAAGUCCCGGCGCUGCGCAUCUCGUCUCCCGUGGAUAUGAGGCGAUACGAAAGCUACUGCACCAUGCGGAACAUCACGAAGGUGCUGCAAAAGGGGAAGGGGGACUUGAAUGCGGAAACGGUAUGUGUUGAAGAUGAGAUUAAUCGUGCAAAACCUGUAAAAGUAGCCAUUGGUGAAACGAAAACGUAUUGCAACCACUUCUACACGCCGACUGACGUAAAUUUGAACAACACUAUUUUUGGUGGCAAUAUCCUCUACUGGAUGGAGGAGAAUGCCCGCCACUGUGGCCGUCUCUUCGUUGGCUCUCCGCAUGUUCACACCGUUGGCAUGCAUGACAUGGUCUUUGGGAAUCCGUUGUACGCGACGGACCUCACCACGGUCGUGACCAAAGUCGUGUAUGUGCGUAAUACGACAAUGGAGGUGGAUGUCGAAAUGACUGCGGAGCGCGGCGGCCAACUUGCGGCGUCGAAUCACGCUUCCUUCGUGCUUAUCAGCAUGGACGCCAACGGAAACGGGGUUCCCAUACCAAAGGGAAUUGACCUGGAAAGGAGUACACCGGAGGACAGACAGGCGUAUUUCCGGGCGAGGCGCCGGUAUAACUACAGCGUGGAGGCGAGAAAGGAGGGAACACUGCAUUUUUAA